AUGGCCAGCCUUGUGGAAAUCAGACUUGUUCACGAGAAGGCAAAGAAGGACGAGUCUCAGAUCAAAGUUUUGGCGAAGGAGCAUUCCAACAAGCUGUAUCAGAAGAUAGACAAACUUCUAAGUCGAGACCCCUGUUCACAAGUGGAUUGUCUGUCUGUAAAUUGUUCUCGUAACGAGGAACUGAAUUAUCACCUUGACGAUGAGAAUGAGCGCCUCAAUUCUGAGCUUCAACGAAUCAGCAACUCCCUCACUACUUCGAGGAACCCUCAUUCCUCGGCACUAGCUAACUAUAAGAGACUGGAAGAAGAUAACGAGCGCGUGAUCCAGAGUAAAGCUAAAGUCAUGGUUGAUCUUCGCAAAUCUCGUAACAAGGUAGCCAGUUUAAAUGAAGAGAUCGACUGUCUGAAGAAGAAAGUGGAACUUCUUCAAGCUAAGUUAGAUAACUCAACUCGUUCGAGGUCUACCAAGUCCACAGAUUCUUGCAAGAACAAGGGUGCCCUUGUCAUUCAAUCUGACAAAGAUACCUCAAAUUCGGGUCAUGGUACAGAAUCCGAAGUUCGUCAUAAGAACCAAGUCCUUCGUCUUUCUCGUGAAACGGAUGAGUUUCGCACGGAGGUUUCUCGCCUUACAACUGAAGUCAGUGAUUUGAAUGCUGAUAUGGACGAGAUGAUUGCAACUUCUAUGAAGGUGGCGAAGUUAGCUCGCAAGAACAUCCAGGAUUAUCUGGUUUCUCUUUUUGGUAAUUUCUGCGACGAACAUGACCUCCCUCGUCCGGUCUUUCUUAUGGAGGUGUUCUCCGAUGAUGAUCAACCAAAGGACGAUUGGAUCAUCUCUGGCGAAGAAGAUAGGCUCGACGAAGAUGGCGAGGAACAGAAGAUCGACGAGGCCAAUUUCGGGGAGGAGGAAUCCAAGGGUGCCUCUGCCAGUACUGAUGUGGGUCCUGGUGAAGCGGGCAAUGACGACAUCCUUCCUCAGAAAUAA